AUGAGAAACCACAGUAUUGUCCUAGAGUUCAUACUCCUUGGGCUGUCCGGUGGCACCCACAUCCAGGCCCUGCUCUUUGUGCUGUUCCUGGUGAUUUACCUCCUGACCAUGGUGGGGAACCUGAUGCUUCUGCUGUUGGUCAGGACUGAUUCUCACCUCCACACACCCAUGUUCUUCUUCCUGGGACAAUUGUCUUUCCUGGAUCUUUGCCACUCCUCUGUGACCAUGCCUAAGCUGUUGGAGAAUCUUCUAUCUGAGAAGAAAACCAUUUCAGUGGAGGGCUGCCUUACUCAGGUCUUCUUUGUGUUUGCCACAGGGGGCACUGAAUCCUGCUUACUUGCUGUGAUGGCCUAUGACCGCUAUGUUGCCAUCAGCUCUCCUCUGCUCUAUGGCCAGGUGAUGAACAGACAGCUGUGUGUAGGGUUGGUGUUGGGUUCGUGGGGCUUGGCUUUUAUGGAUGCUUUCAUCAAUAUCCUUGUAGCUCUGAAGUUAGACUUCUGUGAUGCUCAAAAUAUUCACCACUUCAUCUGUGAGCUGCCCUCUCUCUAUCCUUUGUCUUGCUCAGAUGUGUCUGCAAGUUUUGCCACCCUGCUCUGCUCCAGCCUCCUGCAUUUCAUUGGAAAUUUUCUUCUGAUAAUUUUUUCCUAUAUUCGCAUUUUGCUCACCAUCUUGAGCAUCAGCUCCACCUCAGGUAGAAGUAAGGCCUUCUCCACCUGCUCAUCCCACCUCACUGCAGUGAUCUUCUUUUAUGGCUCAGGAUUACUUCGUUAUCUCAUGCCAAAUUCAGGAUCCACUCAAGAGUUAAUCUUUUCCUUGCAGUAUAGUGUGAUCACUCCCAUGCUGAAUCCUCUCAUCUACAGCCUGAAGAACAAGGAGGUGAAGGCAGCUAUGAGAAGAAUGUUGAGAAAAUAUGUUUAG